AUGAUUUGCCACUCAUAUGAAAUCAUCAAAAAGGAAUUACCAGAUUUACCUAAAGACGCUGCUCUACAGAUGGCUGUCAAGGCUGUCAACAAUACAGCUGGCCCAGAUGGUUUAGUCCCUACGCUUCUUGUUUUCGGAGCUUACCCACGAAUGGUAGAAUAUGACCCUCCUGCACCUACAAUUACACAAUGUGCCGCUGCACUCAAAAAGGCAAUGACAGAGGUUCGAGAUGCCCUCAAUAUGCGUAACGGUCCUGCGUCUACAGCUGUACAUCUUCUGCCAAUAAAUUCGGAUGUACGCGUAUGGAGGGAAGGAAACACCGGCUAUGCAGGAGAGUGGAAAGGCCCGUACAAAUUACUAAGUGUUGAGGGCGAGACGUGCACAAUUCAGUUUCCAGAUGGACUAAAGCUGUAUUAUAAGGCACCGGAUGAGAAUGACCAAGACACCAAUUCAGAGCAUACAAAUGAAGAGCCUGAGGCACCUUUAGGCACAAACUCAACACCACCCACAUCUCAAGACGACGAGCCAGACACAUCUACACCCCAGGCAAGGCCUGCACAGCGCCCCCAACAAAAUCGGCAAUUACCAGCCCGAUAUCGAGAUGACCUCAUACAAUCGAAAGAGAUCAACAGCCUAUUAGAAAAUGGUGUAUUCGAAGUGGUCAAAGUAGACGACAUCCCAAAAGGCACCCGAAUCUUCAAUUCGCGGUUCGUCAACGAGAUAAAGAAUUGGGGCACCGACAAGGCCUUUGAAAAGUCGCGACUAGUCGUACAAGCCUACAACGACAAAGGGAAAGAGAUCUCAACCACGCCCCUCGCUCGCAACUUUUAUAUACGACCCCCUCCCAAACUCGUGCACCUGUUCCCUCCAGGCACAAUAUUGAAAGUUGUCAAGCCUUUGUACGGUAUCCCUGAAGCAGGAUUUGGUAUUGUUGGCAUGCAGACCAAUAACACCCUCAUCCUCGCCGACAACACUUUUGCGAACCACGAGGAGAAUGAGAUUAAACGAGCUAAUAUUCUCUGCAAACCACGAGAGAAGCUUACACCUUCGAACCCGUUAAAAUUCAACGGUGGCCUUAUUACGGAGGAUGCCCAGGGUAUUACCCUCACCCAGGAACGCACUUGUAAGCUCAUACGGCCUGUACAAGAUCGAUAUGCAGAUACAACGAGUUCCCAAGGCAAGGUCCAAAAGGACGUAUCGCCGCAGAAACAAUAUGUGGCUCAACGCGCACUUGGAGCCUACAUUGCUUCCGUAUCGCAGCCUGAGGCUUCUUUUGAUCUAUCGUUUGCUGCCCAGAUCACAAAUCCAGGAAAAGACGACAUCAAGUCACUUAAUAAACGCCUCCAAUGGCAACUUGAUAAUGCUGAACGCGGAUUACGCUUUGUACGUCUAGAUUUGGAUUCGUUACGCCUCGUAAUCUUUGCAGAUUCAUCCUUCGCAAACAAUAAGGAUUUCUCCUCCCAAAUUAGCUUUGUUAUUGUUCUUGCAGAUGCCGUAAAUAACGCAAAUAUUGUACACUGGUCCUCAAUUAAGUGCAAGCGCGUCACAAGAAGUGUACUUGCUUCUGAACUUUAUGCCAUGGUUCAUGGCUUCGAUUCGGCUGCGUCAAUUAAAUCAACAACAACGCAACUUCUACAUCUUACCAAGCCCCUACCCCUUGUUAUCUGCACUGACUCGAAGAGCCUGUACGAAUGUCUCAUCAAAUUAGGCACUACCCAAGAAAAGCGUCUAAUGAUUAACCUCAUGUGCCUCCGACAGUCAUACGAGCGCCAAGAAAUUGCAGAGAUCAAGUGGAUUGACGGUGAAAGCAAUCCAGCCGACGCCAUGACAAAGAGCAAACCAUAUCGCGCUUUACAGGCACUCAUCGACACAAAUAAGCUUAAUAUCAAUGUGGAUGGAUGGGUGGAAAGGUCUACAACCCCUCCAACGAAAGCUACACCAAUUUCUUUGCUUUGUCAAUCCUGUACCGCUCGUCGUCCUAUCCCUAUUUCUUAG